UUGCUGUCGAUCUCUUGGGACUUGGAAAAGGUACGGCUUGGAUCAAUGGCAACAACAUUGGACGUUACUGGCCAGCUUUUCUUUCAAGUGAAGAUGGUUGUGCCGCCGAAUGUAAUUAUAGAGGGACUUACUAUGCUGAAAAGUGUCAAACCAAUUGUGGAGAACCUACUCAAAGAUGGUACCAUGUUCCUCGUUCUUUCUUGAACUCGGACGGAGACAACACGCUGGUUUUGUUUGAAGAGAUUGGAGGAAACCCAUCCUUUGUCAAUUUCCAGACUGUUAGAGUAGGAAGUGUCUGCGCAAAUGUCGACGAGAAGAACGUUCUUGAGCUUUCAUGCAAUGGAAAACCCAUUUCCGCCAUCAAAUUCGCCAGCUUUGGUAACCCAGGAGGCAAAUGUGGAUCCUUUGAAAAGGGAACUUGUGAAGCAAGCAAAGAUGCAGCAGAUAUUCUCACUGAUGAAUGUGUUGGAAAAGAAAAGUGUUCCAUUGAUGUUUCCGAGGAUAAGUUUGGAGCACCAGAAUGUGGUGGUGCUACUAGGAGACUCGCCGUCGAAGCUAUUUGCUAG